AUGUCUCUUAAAGGCAAAAUUGCUAUUGUAACUGGUGCCUCACGUGGUAUAGGACGUGGAAUUGCCCUUCAAUUAGGUGAAGCUGGGGCAAAAGUUUAUGCUACUGGACGUGAUUCAACAAAAAGUUUAUCUAACUUUCAAAAUGAUUUACCAUCAUUAGAAAAAACUAUUAAUGAUAUUAAUGAAAGAGGUGGUAAAGGUGUUGCUGUUUAUGUUGACCAUAAUAAUAUGAAUGAGGUAAAAAAUCUUUUUGAAAAAGUUGGUGUAACAGCUAUUGUUGAAAAUACUGGAAAAAAAUUUUGGGAAUGUAAACCAGAAAUAUGGGAUGAAAUUAAUAAUGUUGGAUUGAGAAGUCAUUAUUUUGCCUCAGUUUAUGGAUCCAGAUUUAUGGUUAAUAAUAGAGAUGGUCUUAUAGUAAAUAUAAGUUCUUCUGGUGGUUUAAAAUAUUUUUUUAAUGUUCCAUAUGGUAUUGGUAAAUCAGCAAUGGAUAGAAUGGCAGUUGAUAUGGCAGUUGAAUUAAAACCAUAUAAUGUAACAAUGAUUUCAUUAUGGCCUGGUGCAGUAAAAACAGAAUUGUCUAUGAAAGCUCUUGAUUCAGAUUUAUUUGGAGAUAGUACUGUUGAUGGUAUUGAUAUUAAAGAAAUGAUUAAACAAGGAGAAAGUAUUGAAUUUCCAGGAAAAUGUAUUGUAUCAUUAUAUAAUGAUCCUAAAAGAAUUAAGAAAAGUGGAAAAAUUCAUCUUACUUCCGAUUUAGGAUAUACAUAUGGUUUAAAAGAUAUUGAUGGAAGAGAUAUUUUAGGUAUUAGAAAUACUUCUUUUCUUAUAAAAUUAGCUGGAUAUCCACGUGUUGCAGGAUAUAUUCCAAGAUGGGUAAAAAUUCCUGGACCAUUUAUUUCUGGUGUUUUUAGUAAUCUUUAA